AUUUGGCAACGUCAACAUUUCCCGUAAUUGUAUGUCAAAUAUUGGCAACAUCCUGUUCAACAUCUGAACGAAGUUGUGCUAACUCGGUAUUUCAUUUUGAGAGAAUUGCUUUUUUAAAGUAUAUUUAAAGGCGUAUUUGAUCAUUUAUUUAUAUUCAUAAUGUCUACAGAAGUGCAAGAACAAGAAAAUUGCGCAAGUAAUGUGGAAGAGGUAGUGCCACCUGAAAUGCUCAUUAAGCAUCCUCUACAGAACGAGUGGUCCUUAUGGUUCUAUAAAAAUGACAGAACCAAGUCAUGGGAAGAAAAUUUGAUGGAGAUUGUGAUAAUUAAUACUGUGGAGGAUUUCUGGGCAUUAUAUAACCAUUUGGAAGUUGUAAGCAAGAUUCCUUUAGGCUGUGAUUAUGCCAUGUUUAAACAUGGCAUUAAACCUAUGUGGGAAGAUGCGAGAAAUAAACAAGGUGGCCGGUGGCUACUGAAUUUGCAGAAAUCUCAAAGAAAUACCGAGUUAAAUAACUAUUGGCUUGAAAUACUUUUAUGCAUGAUUGGAGAAGCUUUUGAUAUAGCAAGUGAUGAUGUCAAUGGUUCCGUUGUGCAGAUAAGAAAUAAAGGUGAUAAACUUGCCGUAUGGACCGCAGACGUUAAACAUUAUGAUGCUAUAAUGCAGAUUGGUAAAACUAUUAAAGAACGAUUGAAUUUGCAUCCUAGGACUUCUAUAUUAUAUGAAGCGCAUGCGGAUACUCAAAUUAAAACGGGGUCGGUAGCAAAAUGUAGAUACACCCUUUGAUUAAGAAGUCAUUAGAUGAUUGCAUUUGUAAUGUUUCAGACCGUUUUGGUGCGUAUUUAUUGAAGGUAAUUGUGUAUAAGAAAGAAACAGCUUUUGUUGAUGAAAUUUUUUAAGGUAACAGUGACAUGUCACUGUUUUGUUCUACAUUAUUGAUUCGUUUUAAUGCUUGCAUUUCAUUUUGCAUCCUGGUUUUGCACUCUUUAAUUUUAGGGCAGAGGUGGAAAAAUCACCUAGUACAUAAUUUUGGUUCAUUUGCUUUAUUGUAAGUUAUAUUGAGUUGCAUAAUGUAUGAUUCUUUUUUAUGGCUUUAUAAAUUAAAUUUUUAUGAAAAUGUAAAAUACUCUUAUUUUUUAUUCAUAUAAAAUUGUGCAUGAAGUUGUCUUGAAUGUUUGAUUACAUUUAUUUAUUAAUAUCAUAAUCAACAUGUAUUUGUUCUGAUUUGUUUGAAUUUAGGCUUAGAUAGUACUCUUGAUUGAUAUUUAAUUCAUUGUUCUUUUUUGUUUCUUAUAUCUGUUUUGGUAUGAU